UCUCUGUUAACUUAACCUGUUUCUGAAAGAAGGCUCUGCUACUGAUGAAAGGAAUGGAAUGGCGGCGAGUGCGGUAUCGAUGUCACGGCUCCUGAAAUUAGCGCAGAAAUUCAAUUGCUUUUACCUGUCAGAGCGACAGCAGGCAAACUGUCGACCCUUCAUUGUUGAAGGCUAUCAAGUGGGGUUGGUGAGACCAGAUGUAAUGUUGGAACUGUCGCGUUACCCAGAUGUGUUUCACAUUCAGCCAGACUCUGUUGAACUAAACCCAGCUUUCAGAGAUUAUGAUGAACGAAGCUCAAAAGUUGAAGCAGUCUUAAAAGAGUGCCGAUCUAACAAUGUAUUCGUUGCAUUAAAGGGAUGGCGGGAAGAGUGCUUUGAGGUUCGAUCUGCAUUCUCCAGCCAUUCACUGCUCAAGAUGGACCGAUCUGCUACUUGUCUGUUUGGUAUCUGUAAUUACGGGGUGGAUAUCAACGGUUAUGUGAUGGACUCAGAGAAGGGACUGUGUAUCUGGCUGCAGCAACGCUCAGCAACGAAACAGACGUGGCCUGGAAAAUGGGACAACAUGGUAGGUGGAGGGCUGUCUGUAGGUUAUGGAAUCCUGGAAACCGCCAUUAAAGAAGCCGCUGAAGAGGCUUCUAUACCAGCAGACUUAAUUGCUAAACUUAGGUCUGCAGGAUGUGUUUCGUUCUUCUUUGAAAGUGAGCGUGGUCUGUUCCCCAACACAGAAUUUGUAUUUGAUUUGGAGUUACCAGCUGACUUCGUUCCUAGUAACAGCGAUGGAGAAGUAGAGACUUUUGAACUUCUGCCUGCUAAAGAAGCUCUAGAGAAAGUGUUCUCAUCAGAGUUCAAGACUACCAGUUGUCCUGUUGUAAUUGAUUUUCUCAUCAGGCAUGGUCUUAUAUCUCCUGAGACAGAACCAAACUUCCCUCAGCUGGUAGAGCUUCUGCAUGUGCCCCUCCAGUCUCUCUAUCGAUAUCACCAAAAGCAAGCACCAUCUGAAAAUGGACAGAACUCACUAUAGCUAAAUUAUUAAUCCAGAAUAGUUACUGAUUUAUGAAGGUGAUAGCCAUAAAAUACAGCUAUAACAUUUUCUAGUCAUGCAUACUUAUUAUCUUAUGUUUAUAGCGAUUAUAUAAAAUAUGAGAAAAUGAGAAUCUUUGGAGAAUGCCACCUUUCAUUCUAGUCUUCCUGGUUAUCCUGUCGGAUGACUAGUCUUGUACUCAUAAAUGACCAUAAGAGCAAGAAUUAUCUCAACAUUUAAUAAUGCAAGUUAGGUGACUGUUGUUACAUUUCAACUAAUAGGGAAUGUGAAUGAAUCAUAAUUUGUGUUUUAUCAGAAUUUUCCAUGCUUCAUAUGAACCACAGUUAAUUUAUAAAGACCACAAUUUACAUCGAAUCAGUACUUGAAGCUUUUACUAAAUAUUAAUAAUGUAAAGAGCUUUUAGUUGGUUAUUUCAGUUUCACUGCUGUGCCCAGGCUUGCAUGGAUGCUAACACUGCUGAGCCCAUCACUCCUGUGAAACCUAGUUUUGAUAGGGUAGUUCUGGUACAUCCUAGAUCUCGGUAUCAUUAAGUGAAAAUUUUUAUAUGACAAAAUUCAAAAUCUGUACAUAAUUCUUAAUAGUAAAAUUGCAGGAACUUAAACUUACUUAGAUUAUAUUAAUGCUGUAAAAACUGUUGGGUAAAGGGAUUGAUUGUAGAGAAGUUGCCUUGCUUUAAGUAUGCAGAAGAAUUUAAAUACUGGAAGUGGAUAGGAUACAUGGAUGUAAGUGUUUCUUAAUAAUUGAAGGAUAUAUUAUUUUGAAACAACUGAAUUUGUAUGGUAAAUAUAUUAGGAAUGGUUUGUUCUGUGGAGAAGAGAGAGACACAAAAUUGUUUUCAUUUCACACAUAUAUUUUAGAUUUCAUUUUCAGUGCACAAAUUUUUUGGAUGAUUAGGUAGGUAAAUAUUGCAUAGCAAUUAAAUUUUCAGUAGUUGUUUUGUAAAGAAAUAUGUUGCUGUGCAUGAUGUAAGAGUUCUAAUGCAGACAGCUAUAUGUAUUAGGGAUGUGCAAGAUUGCUGCAGUCAGGGAAUAAAUAAUUAUGCUUGAACCAGAAAUUAGAUAAUUUCAUCUGCAGACAUAUUUAGAAGUGUGUAUUUAUUUAGUAUAUUUGGCUCUGUGCUUUUAAUAGUGAUACUACUACUAGUCUUAUGUGUACAUCAUGGAUCAAUACUGCAAUUGUAAAAUGUUGUAUUACUGUAUUUCAUUUUAAUUAGUAUGCUGAUUCUAUAUUGUUUUACUGCAUAGAGUUUCAAAAUUUUUCAUUUGAAAGUGGAUUACAGAAGUUAACUAAUGAAGCCUACUUUCUUGCCACAGAUGUCUAGUCCUAGUUCUGGGGGGAUAAUGUUAAAUUUGAGUCAUAUAAGUUUAUAAUCUGAUAAUAGAAUGUAAUUUAUCUCAUGGAUUAGUAUGGUGGUCUCAUUUGUAUGUUUCCGUAUUAAACAGUAUGCAGAUAUCAUCAUCAUCAUCGUCGCCAGUAGUUAUAACAUGUUGCAGAAUGCUCUUGUUGUUAUGGCUUUCUAGUUUUUUAGGUAUUACAUUAAAAAAGAAUUCCUUCUACAGUUGUUAAAAAAUCUGGCUGUCUUUACAAUAAAUUCUCCUUUUAUUAUGAGGUACUAAUAAGCAUGAGAGACUUAGGUAGUUGAAGUUGAUUGAUUAUAAUUUGAAGUUGCAACUCAGUAAGCUUUGGAAAUAUAUGACUUCUUUAGGGAGAAAAAAGUUCAAUUUAUAUUCAGCUUGAGGUAUAUGGUACUCAUUUAAUCAAACCUCGUGAAGUUGCCAAUACAUUUGCCAAGCAUUUUCAGUCAGUAUAUAAUAAUCCCUGGCCAGGGGCCUUUCCCUCUCUUAUGUUAUCUUCUGAAUUUCUGUCUUCAACUGCUGUUCCCAAUUCUGAUAUUUUUAAAGCCCUAAAAUAUCUGAGAGCAUCCCUGGCUUCGUUAUCAACGGCUGUUAUGUUUGUACAUGUUCUGAAACAUAUUUUUAAAUUAACCUUAUCCCAUCAGUAUUUUCCUACCUUGUGGAAGCAAGUGGAAAUUGUUUAUGAUUUCAAAAAAGGCAGUCCCUCUGUUACCAAGUACAGACACACCUCUGCUCUUAAUAAUUUCUCCAGAUUAUUUUAAAAUGUUUUAUAUGACCCUGUUUUACAUUGCCUGAAAUUUAAAUUAAACCCUUAUCAACAUGGUUUAACUAACUAUGAAGCAGCCAUCACUACUGUUGUAACCUAUAUCGAUUUUAUUACCCCCUUAGGCAGCUCUCAGCAUCAAGCUUACCAGAACAUUUCACCUUGUCCCUCAUACACUGCUACUUCAUAUGGUUAGUGCUUUUGAACUUUCUGGUGGUUAUAUAAACUAGUUUCAUGGUUACCUAACCAACCAGCAGUCUCAGGUCUGUGUUUCUGGAAUUCUUUUCUGCCCCUUUUGAAGUACACACAGGUGUUCCUGAAGGAUCUGUUCUGGGGUCCCUGCUCUUCAUUAUCUUUGUUAAUGACAUGUGAUGCACUUACCUACUCCAGGUAUCUACUAU